ACUCCGGCUGCUCACGGCAGGUCAGGGCUGCGGCCACCCGCGCUCCGGCCACCGCCUCGUCGGGGCCAGCGGACGGCGCGGCCGCUCGGGGGACAUGUCCGGCGGCCGCAGGAGGGGCAGCGCCCCCUGGCACAGCUUCUCCCGGUUCUUCGCUCCGCGGAACCCUUCCCGGGACAAGGAAGAGGAAGAGGAGGAGAAGCCGGGGACCGGCCAGACGACCGGCGCGAGUCGGGGCGCCUCCAGUGUUGAAAAUGAACCCGUGAGUUCACCCCCAAAAAAGGGAAAUGCGCUUUCAUCAGAAGCAGUAAAGAUUUCCCAAGGUGAGGACAGAAGGAACCAUGCAGAGCAGCCUGCCAGUCUUCCAAUGCUGGAUGACCACUCAAAGCCAAAUGACCUUUCUAAUUCCAUGUCAGAGGUCAAAACGGGAGAAAGUGAACGACAGCCAAAAGAAAGCUUUUUUCAGUUUCUUGGGAACUUAUUCAAUAUCUCAGGAAAGUCAUCUCUUGGGGAAGUUAAACAGUCUUCUUUCAAAGAUGACCAGGAUAAAUCUGAGAAAGGCCCACAGACUCCUAGUGGCCCUCCUGAUGAGGGGAUCCAGAGGGAGAAGGAGAUUGCCAGCAGCCCUGUGAGGAUUCAGGUACUUCCUGUGGAUGAGCAGGAGUCUAACUCCUCAGAACUGUCUGAUGCCUUUUCUUUGGAUACAACGCAGGACAGCGAACAGGAAACCACUAAUACGCUGAAAAGAGACACUGUUGGUAAACCCGAGAGGCCUUCGGUAACAUAUGCAACAUAUCGAGGCCCCACACAAAUCAGGAAGUACUUGAAGCAGCAGACUGUGUUGGAAACUGUGAAUCACUUAGACAGAGAAGACGAGAGCUCUGACUCCAGCACACACACACAUACAGGCUCUAGAAAUAGAAUGGACCCAGUGACGGCCCCAUUGUCGUCAGCCAGCAAAGAGGUAGCCACAAAAGACUGUUUGCUUGGAGGUCCAUUAGAAGUCUCUAGCUACAGCCAAAUAAAUCUCAACAUAGAAAGCCGUCUGGAAAAUAACCCAGCAUUGCAGAAUAGUGCUUCAUCUGAGACUAUUUUAGAUAAAAAUAGCCGUGGAGGCUCUGGGAGAAGUCGGGCCUCCUCUUCUUCAGUGUCUAACCCCAGCUAUGUUGUUAGGGAAGGUGACUCACAGCCUGAGAGGAGUUUGGUAUGUUCAUCAUUGUUUAUAGGAAGCAGAAGCAGCCAACUCCCUUGUCCAGAAUUUCAGAGAAAAACUGCAACAGAAAAUACGUGGAGAGAAAACAGCUCUGUGAUGAGCGAUGGGGUGUCAGUGCCAAGAGAGGAACAUGUUGAGCCUCAGAGACCUGCUGUUUCUGAUUUCUCUUGUAGUAAAUCUGAUGGGAGUGUCACUACCAAAGUGGAAAGUACAAAUUUGUCAAGUCCAAAUAAAUCAAUUAGGCAUGAAGAUGUACGGUCGCCAGAGAGUCAGUGUUUUGACAAGCCAGCCGCAGAUAACCCAUCAAGAAAGAAUGUCAAUCACACCAGCAUUGCUGCUCUCCAGGGACAUGCUGUGACAGACUCAGAGCUUGUUAAUGAAGGAAAGAGGUUACCUGCACAAGAAUCACAGAAAAAUGGGGUUUCAGAAAUCAUGCAAGAAACGGAAGGUGCCUCUGGGGGUGAGCCCACAACUUUAAGUCAUCAAAGAGCUCCAGAAGAUGGAAUUGAGUCCUUACCCAAAAAUACUGAGCCACUGUGUAAAACAGAAGCCAAAAGGCUUGGUUUGGAAGUACAUGGCAAAAUUCACAGUAUGGGAAAAAAUCAAGAGGAUCUUGGUUCUGUGAAAUACAUCAAUGACUCAGCAGUUAUAGCAAACGUAGAAAGUGAGACAGCACCUAACGUGAAUUUUGAACUAAAUAGAAAUCCUGUUUCAGAAUCUCCUUUCCAUGCAGAGAAUCCACAAAAUGCUCAACUUUUCCCUGGUGCUGAGACACUUCUUAACCUUGACUGUAAAACAUCUGAUUGCAGUGCCUCACCGUCCACCUUUGCUUCUGGACUCGACAUACUCUGCAAGUUGGAUUUCCCUGGCGUAAAGAGUGAGCGAUCUCUAUCCAAUGAAGCUGGACAGGGACACAUUUUCUCUCAUCCUAGUGAGUGUCAAGAUGUAGGAAAUCAUUCUGAGGCUGCAGACAGGGAGACUCCUUCCCUUCACCUUGGACAUGCAUCUAUCAUCCUUGAGUCCAAGGAAACUCUUCCUGAUAGUGAAAAAUGCCAGUUUCCUUUAGGUCCUGAAACCAUUGGCACUCAUUUAGCUGGGGUAGAUCUGAUAGACUUUGAGCAUGGAGGUGUCUCUGAGGAUUACAAUUCUGUUUUGUCUCAUGGUCAUAAGAAGGCAGGGUUAAUGUCCUCAAACACUAAAGCAAGUAGCCCCACAGAGAAGUCUGAUUCUCUUUCCUUGGAAACCCAAGCUGUUAAAAUGAUGCUUCAAGGAGAGGUUGAUGCUCAGAGCAGCUUCCCUGUUGCAUCACAUUCUGGAAAAGGGAAAGCCUUGUCCAAGCUGUCUGUCUCUCAAGCAAAACCCAGAGACAUUUCUCAGGAUGAACUUUCUAUUUCUCAGUUAAUAGUUGCAGAUGAGCUAGCUGAGACUGUCUUAUCAGAAUUAAAUUCUAAGGUGAUUAAAAAGGACAAAAAUGGUCAAUCAGUGGAUCACAAGGAGAUGACAGAAAUGUGUUUAGGUGGUGGCUUUAAAGAGAAUCACCAGGCUGGAAUUUCUCCUGCUUCUCAACAACACAGUGCACAAGAAACAGAGAUAGACACCCUAGAUAAUCCUGCAUCUCUUCUCAAAAGCAGUCAGCUUGGGAUUGUACCUCUUGGUCCAGAGGAGGAAUGCACGAGGCACAUGGCACAGAACUGUAAAGCUAGCAUGUGCAUAAUGAGUUCAUCUUUAGCCUCUUGUACGACUAAAAAGAGUUCUAGUGUCUCUGAAAUGGAAGAACUGAGUUCAGAUAAUAUUUCUCCAAAGUUCCAAGAAACUGACAACACACAGGUAUAUUCAUCUUUUCUGGGUUCUGAUGCCUGUUUGGAGAAAAGUGGGUUUACAUCCGAGGACCCUAGCUCAGUCAAUGUGCCCUCUCUGCUAGGGUCAGAAGGGAAAGCCUCCUCUCCCAGAGAAGACUCUUCCGUCCAUACUGCUGGUGCUCAUAUUCCAUCUUCGUCUUGUCACUGUAAAGGAGAUAGCGCAGCUAUAGGUUCUCAUGGUCCCCCAAGUCAUUUUGAUUCUUUAAAAGUUACUGUAAAUCCCACAUAUGAAGGUGCUUCUGUUACUGACCCUCUGGGCCCUAAGAGUGCUGACUUGGAAUUAGAGACGUCUAGCCCAAAAGGGGCAAAAGCGACGCCAUGUCAGGGCUAUUUGGGGACUCAGACUAGGAAGGUAUCUCUUGAUUUCCCAGCCACUGACUGCUUUGACAAUGCCAUGAAGACAGAGAUGGGAACAGUUGCUGGGGCGCCGGUGUCAGUUAACAGCUCAUGCCAGCAGUGUUCUGAAGCAUCUGCUGACCAGACAGAAGCAAGGAGAAGAGCACAUGGCCAACUUUUACUCAAAAGUGGUUUACUCUCAAAAGCUGAUACAUUGGUUGAGGAGAUUUUGAGUUCUGUCAGGGAAGAACUGAAAUCCAAAUACACGGUUGGUACCUGCCAGGAGCAUCCAGCCAAAGAUGAUGGAAUGAACCCAGUAGAAGAACUGAAAUCCAAAUACACGGUUGGUACCUGCCAGGAGCAUCCAGCCAAAGAUGAUGGAAUGAACCCAGGUGCUGUGAAAGAAGAUAGCCCAUCAGAAGCGACAUUAGCGGGCAUCCAACUGAAAGAGUGUUUGGAAGAGAGAAGUGUGGAAAAUAUGUCAGAGGUCAAAGAAGAGGAGGAGGACAGUGUUUCACCUGCAGUUGGUGAGACAAGUCUCCUUUUUGAUUUCGAUAGAGGGAAUAUCUCUUGUUUGUUAGAAGAACAGACCAGGGAAUUAGUUGAUGAGGUUAUUUGUGCAGUCAAAGAAAAUCUGACUGAUGCUUUCAGUGAUACCGAAGAUAUCCGGGUGUCUGAACCUCCGUCUAACACUUCAAAGAUUCUGAACAGUGGUGGCGUUAAACCGCCUGGUAUCAUUAGGGAGUUCUUGGUAUCAGAACAGGCAGCAAAUCAAAGCACGUGUGAAAUUAGUGAAAAUAAACUAUUAGGUAAAUUCUCUUCCACAAGUAACUUAGUAAGUGGCACUGAGUCAAUUAAAGGAAGAGAGAUUGUUCCUUAUCAGCAGCAGUCCCCAGGUUUUGGGAGCAGAGCUGAACAGUCUGAUAAUACACCUUUGCAGAAAUCAGAGACUGUUUUACAAGCUGAAGACAUGUUCCAUACAAGGUUAGAUGAUGAAGUGAAGCCACCUUUAUUUGUCAGUGAGGACCGUAAAAAGGCAGCAGAAACAGAGUGUGUGGAUAAUCACAAAAUGGCAACAGAAGAUCCUAGAACUCUUGUAUUAAAUUCCAAUUUGCCUCUAUUUGCAAAUGAUGAUGUCCACACGCCUGGCACCUCCAAAAACAGUUUGUCUGACAGUCUUGUAUGCAUAUCUGAAAAAAGUUUGCCAGGACAUACCAAAAGCACACCCCUUGCAAUGUCAGAUAUGGGGAAAGUACACAAAAAGGACAAUGAAGUAAAUGUAGGGAAAAUCACGCUUAUACCUUCCAUGUUAGAGAUAGGAAAGCCAAGUAAAAGGGAUGCUAAAUUGAAUAUUAGGAAACAUGAAGCAGCCCCUCUUAUGUCACAGAAAGAAAAAGCAUGUAAAAAGGAUGCUGGUUUGAACAUUGCAAAAACUGAGUCAGAGGUUGACAUUCUUGCAAGGGGAGGCCUAUACCAAAUGGAUGCUCAGGUACAUGUUGAAAAACCUGAGGAACCACCUGCCACUUUGGGAAUGGAAAAAGCUUAUAAGAUGGAUAGCGAAGGGGACAUUGGCAAACCUGAGGUGACGCCUGCUAUGUCAGAAAUGAAAAAUAUCCAUCAAAAAGAUGCUGAGGGAGAUAUUGUAAAGACUGAGGUAACACCUGUUUCAAUUGGGAUGGAAAAUAUUUGCCAAAAACAUGCUGAAGGAGAUGUUGGAAAGGCAGGGGUCGCAUCUGUUCUGUCAGAGGUGGAAAACACCUACCAAAAAGAUAGUGAGGGGGUUGCUUCAAAAGCUGAAGGAAUGGAUCCCUUAGGAAUGGAAGACACUUACCAAAAGGAUGACGAAAGUGGUGUCGCAAAGACUGAUGUGAUAGCUGUUGAAUUGGAAAUGGAAGGUAGUGACCCAGAGGGCUCUGAAGGAGAUUCUGACAACACUGAAGGGAUGUCUGUUAGGUUCACAGCGGGAAACACUUAUCAAAAAGACACUGAUGGGGUUAGUGGAAAGAUAGAGAGACCUAUGUCGGAAAUGGAAAGUACUUACCAAAAGGAUGCUGAGGAUGUCUGUAGAAAUGCUGUAAUGGUCCCAUUUGUGUUAGACAUGAAAGAAACACUCCACGAGAUCAUACAUUCUUCCUUGGAUAUUUUGGAGAAAAGAGCUCAAAGAGAUACUGAACAGUCAAAUGGAACAACUGAGUCCAUACCUUCUAAGAUAGAAAUGGAAGUAACAGCCCUGAAAGAUUUUAGUGGCAGCAUUGAGAGCCCUGAAGUGUUGCCUGUGGAGGUAGCCAUCGAGCAAACCUAUGGAACACCACCAGAGGUGAGCAUUACACAAGUGGAGGUCAUGCUUCCUGUUGCUGGAAGUGAAAAAGGUCCGCAAGAAUACAUGGAGAAGAGUGUUGAAGAAAGAGAAGAGUGGUCUGCUGACAGAAAGGAGGGAUUGAUCCCGCACCAUGACAGACUUGCUUUGCAUUUCAGAGGCUAUGAGUCACCGACAUUAAGUAAGGAUUAUGAGGGCUACCCAGCCUUAGCAAUGCCAGAUUUUCGAGAGGAGGACUCAGUAGUGAGGUUCAACAAAAUAAAGUCUGUUACUUCAGUAUAUGACAAGAGGAGAGAUCUGGAUUAUAGCGAUGAAAAGGAAGAGUCGCAUUUAGCCUUUAUUCCUCAGGACGAACAAGAGAGUUCCUCCUUCACUAUCUUGUACGAGGAGCCCCUUCAGGAGGAGGAGAAGUAUGCUCCCACCGAAUUAAGAGGGACACAGUCUGUCUUAUUUCCUGACACUUCCUCCAACAGCGUGUCUGGCCUCGCGUGUGAAAGGUCUGAGAGCAGAACUGAUCUGGUCCAUCACUUUGAAAAAGAAGGUAAAAUGGGCGAGGCAUUUGAUGGAGACAAUUCAGAAAUGUUCCUAUCGGUGGAAGCCAAACGGUACAAAAUUUACCCCUUAGCCCUGAGUCCCAUUUACGAGGAUGACAGCUCACAGGAGGAUGUCCUGUCCAGCGAGGUCUCGCCUGGUCACCAUGGCUCCACAAAAUCAAGGGAGAGUGCAAACCAGCCGUCGUCUGUCCUGUCCCUCCUCCAGUCGGUGUCGGAACGCUUACAGAGGAAUUUCGAUGAAGAUGACAGACAGGUGGCUGAGGACGAUGAGGAGGAAGCAGCAGCAGCUUCCAGGAGGGGUUGGAGAGCCGAAAGGAGGGAGCGUGUCACCUUCGACUUGGCAGAUCCCUCCAUCACCUUUUACCCUGACGAUGACCGGGAAAGCCCUGGACUCUCCAGGCCCUAUGUGGAGGCCAGUGAACCGACCACCUCCAAUCUGCAGCUUGGCCUGUGGCCAGAAAAGACAUCACUUAUGCAGAAGUCAGACCUGACUUCCAAGCUGCACUCUUCCCUGAAGAGUGCCUAUCAUCAGUAUCUGCAGACUUCCAGGACGCAUUCCUCAGAAGCAGGAACCAGAUUUGGUGGUGUCUUUCAGGAGCCAGUAUCCAAGUACUUCCGCGUCCAAGACCACGCAGGCAGAUUGAGUCCGUAUAUAGAGAAUGUUGACGCACAAACUCUGAGGUGUAACCCAAGGCCUGGGAAGAUGAUUAUCUAUGAUCUCCAUGGAAGUAAAUAUAAACAAGAAGUCUACUGUAAUGUUCCCGAUGCUACAACAUGGUCUUUCCCGAAUGGGGCACUGAUAAAAGUUGUAAGGGGCUGCUGGAUUUUAUAUGAGAAGCCCUAUUUCCAAGGUCAGAAAUGUGUUUUGGAAGAAGGGGAAAAGGUCUUAAAUCGGGAUUGGCUUCUUCAGAACAAGAAGCACCCAGAAAGAAACUUUGUACUGGGCUCUAUCAAGCGUGUCUUAAAGGAUUGCAGCAUUCCAGAGAUAGAGCUGUGUCCCGAGUCUGACCCUGGGUGCUGCCCUAUCUACAUCCAUCGAGCUGUGCCCAACCUGGAUGAACUGAACAUCCCCAAGUCUGCGUCCUUCAUGGUGAAGUCGGGAGUUUGGCUGGCCUACCCAGAUAUUAAUUUUAAGGGGCAAGCUACAAUUUUGGAGGAGGACCAGGGGCUCUUUGAGAUUUCUGCAGCAGAAAUGAAAUCACUGCAUCCUCUUCAAAUGGGCGGACUAAAAGUGGAAAUGCCUAUGAACUUGAAGGUUAUCCUUUAUGAAAAACCUCACUUCCAUGGACAUACCAAAGAAUUUAGUGAACAUAUAGAUUCUGUCCCUAAGUUUUUAAAAAGUGAUAAGGACUUCCAUGGCAUUGGAUCAAUUCGUGUCAUUGGUGGAGUGUGGGUUGCCUAUGAAAAGGAACAUUUCAAAGGCCAGCAAUUCCUACUUGAAGAAGGAGACUUUGAAGAUAGCAGUGUUUGUGGGGCAUUGAGUGGUCCCAUCAUGUCUUUCCGGUACCUACAAGCUAACUUUAUAGAGUCUGCCGUCACACUGUUUGAGUCUGGCCUGGAAAGGGGGAAGUUCAUCGACAUUACAAAUCAGGAAAUUUCGGACCUAGAAGAAAUCGGCUUUGGCAGUGAAACCAGAUCCAUUCACGUGAAGAGUGGCGUAUGGGUUGCCUACAGCCAGAAGUUCUUCUGUGGAGAUCAGUACAUUUUAGAGAAAGGAAAAUACAAAUGCUUUUUUGAUUGGGGAGGAACAAGUAAUACAAUCUUGUCAAUCCGGCCAAUCCAGCUGGAACCACUUGGGAUAAAUGAGCCUCCACAUUUGCUCAAAGCAUUCAGUAAAGCAGGCUUCCAAGGCGAGUGCAUAGAUUUUAUAAAAGAAUGUUCUGACCUGACCUCAUUCUCGCCGUCCUCCUUCAAGGUUCUCCGUGGCUGCUGGCUCCUGUAUUGCCAAGAAGAUGUCUUCUAUCAUCAGUGUGUACUGGAAGAAGGCCUCUACGCUGACCUUACUUCCUGUGGCUGCCCGUCAGCUAGAGUCAGAGCUCUCAAGCCCAUUGACUACGUUUUUGAAGAACCUUCCAUCAGCCUGUUUGCCCUGGAACACUGUGAGGGAAGAGAGUUACAUCUUGAAGAUGCUGUGAAUUCUGUUUUGAACAAGGACCUCCACUUCUAUACCCAGUCUGUGUGGAUAAAGAGUGGAUUAUGGAUAGCUUAUGAAGGAUCCAAUUUCUUGGGAAGGCAAAUCCUCCUUGUGCCUAACGAGAUCCCAAACUGGACAGCAUUUAGUGGGUGGAAAACAAUUGGUUCUAUCCGCCCUAUGAAGCAGCCUGCAGUAUACAUCAGAAUAAGGAACCGAGCCCAGGAUGAGUAUUUGACAGUCACUGGGAACCUAGCUGAUGCACGGACAAUGUCCGUGUGCAUCUCUCCCUACAGUGGGAAGGACACUCAGAUCUGGCACUACUGCCGGGGACUCUUUAAAUCUAAGGCCAGUGAUACAUGUCUUGAUGUGAUUGGUGGCCGGGACACACCUGGAGCCAAGGUAGCCUUGUGGACUGAACAUGGGCAGUUCAGGCAGAAGUGGAGACUGAACAGAAAUGGAACUAUCAGCUCUUACCUCAGUGAUGAACUUGUCCUGGAUGUUAAAGGUGGAAACUAUUAUGACAAAACUCAUGUUAUUGUCAAUCAGCCCCUGGAAGGAGAAGAAACACAGAAAUGGGACAUUGAAAUCUUGUGAGAAUCACAGACAACCUGCACCCUCAUUGCCCCGUGUGCAUGGGAAGGAAGCUGCUGUGUCCACAUUGCUCACACAAAAGACCUUUCUCCUAGCAGUGAGCUACUGUUCCAUGGAAAAGCUAAAAAUAUUCUCACCGGUUAUGCAUGUCCUCGUGAAGCAAAUGUAAUGAUUUUUCCUGAUGGAUUCAGUUGUGGUGACCAAUUUCCUGAAAGCUGUACUCCGGUCUCCUAACCACCAAAUAUGAAUCCCAUUCUUGAUGGCCAGACAAUGCUGUUACCUGCAUUAGUAUUAGCAUCCUGUUCCAUGCUUGUGUGAGGGAGGGUCAGGGAAACAAAUGCCUACAGGUUGUCAUAUCCUGCAGGAAGAUGAGUACUUUAGCACCACCGAAGAAACAUUUAAUAAGCUUAUUAAGCUGCUGCUGUAUUAAACCAUAGGGUUUCUAUAUAGAAGCUUUUUUAUAAAAAACACCCGUAAGUAUUUAUACUCUUCAAUGAACUGAUCUCAGGAAGGGACGUCGGCUUCUUGAGGCAGGAGGCACUAGUACUCUGUAUUUUCUGCUCUAUGUCCAAUCUUUACUGCUUUCUAACUACAAAUGUAUAAAUAACCUUGGAGCACCCACCAAGUAUCCCGGUGUUAACCAGGAUGUUCUAAAGUGACAAUACUCUUAAUAGUGGUGACCUUUACAUUUUGCCUGUUUUUGUCCUUAAGUCACUAUCUUCCUUGAGUAAAGGAUUACGCAAAGGUUCAGAUAAAGCAAAACAGAGCUAUUUUGUCUCUGCCACCUAACUUUCUCUACUCAGUGACAGACAAUUCAGGGUCACCAUCAUUACCUGUAUAGGUCAACAGCCUGCACUUUCUGAGAUGGACAAGACUAAUUGAGACAGCCUCUGCUUUCAGCCCCAACUUUUGUCAGAAAGAAAACAAUACUCUAUUUUUACAUAAAUUCUCCAGGAGUAUUUUAAAAACCAACAACCUCUAUGCACUUUAGACUCAAAGACCUCUAACUUUGAGUUUUUUUAUACACUUGGUCUUUCCAUGUUUAUACUGGUCUUUGGGUUUUUUCAGUCUCUGGCUUUUCUGCCAUCUAAGCAGUGUCUGGAAGCCCCUCACAGGUGUGGCAGUAUUUCAUGAAACAUUUACGUUAAUGGGGAAAGGGGCCAUGUAAACUCAAAUAUAUGUAUAUUUUCACUGUAAAAACAAUAACUUUCUAGGUUUUAAUUGUUGAAGUAUUUUUGGAGCCACUGAGGCUCUUUAAAGGAGUUAUUUUUCUUCCAAAGAACCAAGACAAAGCCAGGUUAAUGACAUAAUUCUCUAUGACACAUGUCCUGGAGUUGUGCCUUUUCUACAACACUGGAUUAAAUAAACUUGUGACAAGUCCUGA